CUUCAUGCCAUCACCACGGUCAUCGCUAUUCUCCUCCCCCUGCAUUUCCCGUCUCCUGGGCCAUCUUGGGCGUUCGUUCCGGCCAGCCCGUUCGGUCGCUAAGAUAAUUUUGAUCAUGGGCAAAAAGAGGGUCUCUUGAGCAAAUGGCUUCCCUUGAAAUCUGUCGGCACGCCUAAUAUCACACAUCUUGUCCUGCGGUGUAGCAGCUGUCAACUGCAUCAUUAUACCAUUCUUCCUACUAUAAUGAAUUAUUGAUAUCCAACAUCCUUGAUCCCUCCCUUAGAAGCUGUCCAACGUCGCUACACACCUAGAGGUCCCUGUCAUUUGUACUCUGUCGUCGAAUCUCCGAGUCUCCGUCCGCAGCCUGAACAUCCAGUCGUUGGACUGUCCUAUUAUUUCCUUGGCUACUUCGCAACAACCCUCGAACCCGAGAUGAGCAACCUCUACAGAACCCUGACCGGUCAAUCGCAAAAGUCGCAUCAUUCGGAUCAUUCUGUGGGCACGCAUGCCCAUCCGACCUUGACAAGAACCACCACUGCAGACCCUCUAACCGGCACCCUCAAUCAUUUAAAUCCUAUUCAAGAACAAAAGCUCCAUGAGUUCAAGGACCGACUGCGAGAAGGGGGAUGGUGGUCGCCCGAUGGCGUCAAUGGCAAGCCCACCCACGAUGAUGGAACUCUUCUGUACGAUGUCAUCUUGGUUCAUGUGCUACCGACGUGUUGGUUCCCCGCUGACUUGUCCAUCAUGACAGCCGAUACUUGCGCGCCCGGAAGUUCGAUGUUCAAGGUGCAAUCGGGCAGUUCACAGAGACGGAACAAUGGCUGAAAGAGCAGCGGGUAGAAGAGCUAUACGACAACUUUGAUAUCGAGGCGUAUGAGAAGGCACGGCUAAUGUAUCCCCAAUGGACCGGCCACCGGGACAAACGAGGGAUUCCCAUCUACGUCUACGUGAUCAAGGGCCUUGACAGCAAAAAUGUGCAGAGAUACCAGAAAGACUCGCAGGCCUACAAGGACAGCCUUCCGAACCACAAAAAUCUCGCUACACCCGCCAAACUUCUGCCUCUGUUCGCCCUAUACCAGAACCUGCUCAACUUCGUCCUCCCCCUCGUUUCCACGCUCGAGAGACCGAAUCCUGAAGUGCCCGUAACGAACUCUACGAACAUUGUCGAUAUUUCGGGUGUAGGAUUGACGCAGUUCUGGAAUCUAAAGGCGCACAUGCAGGAUGCCUCUAUUUUAGCAACCGCACAUUAUCCCGAGACUCUAGACAGAAUUUUUAUAAUUGGCGCCCCUGCAUUCUUUCCCACCGUCUGGGGUUGGAUCAAACGUUGGUUCGAUCCUGUAACUGUCUCCAAGAUCUUCAUCCUCAGCAAAAAUGACGUGAAACCCACCUUGGCCAAAUUUAUGGAUACAAAGGACUUUCCAAAACGGUACGGCGGUGAUCUCAACUGGGACUGGGGUGAUCUGCCGCAUCUGGACGACGAGACUCGUACAGCUCUGGAAAAAGACGGGAAUAAAGGCUGGGUAAGGGGGCCUUGCCUUUGGCUCGACGGGCAGAGAGUACCCGUUGGGUCUGAAAAGGGCAAACUCAGACGGCCGACCGUAGACAUUGAGAAGAUGAAACCAGUUGUCUAUGCAGCGGAUUAUACAGAAUUCCCCGUUCACCCGGAAAAAAAGGUAUCUUCAGGUGGGAAGACACCAGUGCCCAAUGGAACUGCGUCGCCGCAUCAUGAAGCUGAAGAGGCUGCAGUGGCUGCAACCGGAGGAGCUACAGUUGCGAACCUGAUAGCAACUCAAACGAAUUCAGAUCGCCCUGCGCAAGCAUCACAGACAGCAACACCGUCGUCAGCACCGCCGCAGUCACAACCGGAAUCCGCAUCACAACCGCUUCCUCAUCCACCCUCCCAACCCGAUCCCGGUCCUCUUCCAGCCCACUCCAUCGCCAUGACGGCCGCCAUCGAAGAGAAACUGGCCCAAGAAUCAAUUUCGGCCAUCCCUCCUACCGCCAACGGUCAUAUGAAUGGCCAUACCACAGGUCCCGGGGAAGGAAACCCCGAAGUAUUUGUGUCGAGCGACGCCAGUAAAGGACUGGCAAUCGAGGCCCAGAAAUUGACGAUUUCAGAGGCGGGAAAGAGGGAUGGAGAGAGCGAGCGUCCGGUUAUAGAGAGAUUUGUGACCGCCACGGAAGUUUAAUCCAACUCCAGCACGAUCUCGAGAUUUUGUGGAGAGGUGAAGAAUGGAAAGCUGCGGCUGUUUCUAAGCUCAUCGGCGAGGGGUGUUGGGGCUCUGGCCUGACUGCGCCCAUGGUUAUGGCACGGGUUUUCUCCAGCCCAACCGCUAACUGCUGUAAUGGUGCUGGGAGACCGAAGCAGCGAUUCCAAUGCCCGGAAAGUUUUCACAAUUUGCCUAUGGAGGCUCAUCUUGGAAGUCUGGUCUGCAUUUCUUGAGGGAGCGGCGUGCGGUUCUUCAUUGUGCCCUCGGAUGUUCUGGAGCCAGGUUGUUGUGCGGUUGGCAUUUUAAUGCCGUACGGAAAAAUACCCCUACAGAGAGAGUAUAUAAUGAUAACCUUGGACGGAACAUGUUUGUUGAUCGUGGAUGCCGCAAGUGCUUGUAGGUUUUUGCUAUCUAUGUAUGGGAUCAUUUACUGCGUACACGAAGAUAGCCGAAAAGCCACUUUUGUUGAAACUUUG